AUGCCUUAUAAUCAUAUUUUGCCUGCAAAUCCAACCUCAAAAUCUGGCGAUUAUGGCGGAGACUUCUAUGUGAACAAUGGUAAAAUAAUUCAUUUAAUUCAAAAAUUCAACCUAUUCCAAUCUAAUGUGAGAAACUUACAACAAGGAUGUAACACCUAUAAAAAUUCAUUAGAUUUACAUCUUCUCAACACAAUAAUGCUUUUUGAUACAUUCCGUAACGUUUUCAAAGAACUAGAAGAUACAUCACUACAGCCACCAUUACAUCAACAAGAGAUGAAUGCAAAUAAGAAACGAACUUCGCUUAUUUCAGAAAUUACAUAUUCUUUGAAAGAUAUUUCAGACAGAGUUAAUCGUGAAUUCCUUUAUUUCGAAAAAACUGUCAUAAAGUCGUUAAAUGAUUUACUUCAUCUUUGCCAUCAAAUUAAUAAUAGAAUCGCAAGAAGAAGACAAUAUUGUAACAAAUUAAAUAAGUUUUGGAAAAAAAGAACACAAUGCAAUGAAACAUUACAGAGGCAAGAAAAAAAUCGUUCUAGAAGCUUUGAAAAAUAUAAGAGACGAAAAUUUCAAUGUGAGAGAUUUAUGAGGGACCUUACAUGUGAUCUAGAAAAAGAUGAUAAAUUCUUAGAACAACAAAUAUCGUUUUUCCUUCAAUUAAGUUCUGAAUUCUUUGAAACGUGGUUUAGUAAUUAUUUNUUUACCGUUUUCAGAAUAACAUCUAUAUUACAUUUCCGUCAAUGGAAGACUCCACAUUUGAAUAACGUCAUAGAUCUUGAUGAUUCCUCGCCGAACAAUGAAAGUAAGGAGUAUUUAAAUUCACCUAUUUCCAAUAAACAAGUAUUGAAAACUUUUCAUCAAAAUUACGAUUUAAUUCUUAGUGAAGUAGAAAAUUUUGAAAUAACAGAUUAUUUGAAUUUCAUAUGA